CAGUGAGAAAGCGCGCUCCGCUGGAGAAACAGAGAGGGAAAGAGAGGAAGGGAGUCGACGAAACGAGAACGAGAGAAGGAGGGGACGGCCUGAAAAGCUCGGGCCAGCCUGGGUUCGAUCGCUCAAUAUUCAUCCCUUGGCCGGACGAGAGCACCCGAGAACAGUAGCUCCAGACGAGGGCACGAAUCGACCCUUCCUUCUUUUGCGUCCUCGCCCGCGGAACUGUUCGAUCGCGGCACUGUUCCACCAGAAGACGAAGAACAAGAUCAGCAGAAGGAGCAGCAGAGCCGGCCGAGAAAAGGAUUCACGCACGUCCUCCUUGUUCGUUCGUGGUGAUUCGCGGGAGAGAUCUGCGGCAGUUCUCUCCAUUUUUGCGUUUAACCGAUCAGAAUGGAGGGUAAAAAAGUCGAACAGUAUUAUACUCCGCCGCCGAAGCUUGGUAAAUGGGAGGGUUUUAGGGUCUUUUUAUGGAACUCCGAGACUGGACAGUUCCUGGGGCGCACAGGCGCUAGUUGGGCCAAAAUCUUGUUAUUCUACGUUAUUUUUUAUGCGGUACUGGCUGGUUUCUUCGGAGCGAUGUUAACUGUUUUCUACCAGACGUUAGACCCGAAUGCACCGAAAUGGCAAUUGGACAAUUCCUUGAUCGGAAGCAACCCCGGACUUGGUUUUAGGCCUAUGCCUCCUUCAAGCAAUGUUGAAAGUACCUUAAUUUGGUACAAAGCAAGUGACGAAGGCAAUUUCUUACAUUGGACCAGAGAAUUGGAUAAGUUCCUCGAAGAAUACCAAAAGCCUGCUACCUCAACAAAUGGUGCCCAGAAGAGGAUGAUGUGCGACUAUGGCAAACCACCAGCUGCCGGCAAAGUCUGUGACGUAGACAUGACCACGUGGGGACAGUGUACGAAGAAACACAAAUAUGGAUACAACAAAUCUGCUCCUUGCAUUUUCCUCAAGUUGAACAAGAUUUUCGGCUGGAAACCCGAAUAUUAUAAUGACACGAAAAAUCUGCCGAACACAAUGCCAACCGAUCUUCAAGAACACAUCAAGCAAGAGGAACACGCUAACAGAUUGGAUACCGUGUGGGUGUCAUGUUCCGGUGAAAAUCCCGCAGAUGUUGAGAACAUGGGUGCCAUUCAAUAUAUUCCACGUCGUGGUUUUCCUGGAUACUAUUUCCCGUUCACAAAUACCCCUGGAUACCUUAGUCCCCUGGUAGCUGUCUUCUUCGAAAAGCCUAAAUACGGUGUGUUGAUCAAUAUCGAAUGUAAAGCUUGGGCGCAUAAUAUCAUCCACGACAGAUUCGAGAGGCGUGGUUCGGUACAUUUCGAACUGAUGGUGGAUUAAGCAUCGUACUUGCCACCUUUUGCAAGAUCACUACCAACUGCGUCCAAGAAUAUAUAGGAGGAAGGAGAAUAAAAGAAAUUUCUUUUUUAAUCAAUCUCGCUGGCGCAUCGUGACCACUCCUUCUUCCCUCCGGUUUUCUCUGCCGACGAUACCGCCCUAGCCGCGUAUUUUCUCGUCGUUGUAACGUAGAUCUUUCAGAGAUUCACCGAUCAUUUCUCAUUAUCUUCAUCUUCGUCGUGAUUCUCUUCAUUGCAACACCAUGCGAUAAUAGUUACUGUCGUUUUUUCACACAAAUUGCGCUACUCACUCUCAUUAUGAAGGACCGUUCUUCGAAAACACCGUUACACGUGUUCGUUUCAUUCAGCGUACAGAGAUUUUUCAUAAACGCCGCGUGUUUCCGUCGUCGUCGCUUCCACAAAGGUAAAAGCAUUUUAUUAUAGGAUCACAAAACGGACCAGUGAAAUUGGCUAUGUACAAGCUAUAUAUCUAUAUAUGUAUAUGUAUGUAUAUAUACGUACGCAUAUGCGCGUAUGUAUCAGGAUGCACAAAAAAAAAAAAAAAAAACAGUUUAGCGGAAAAAUUCUGCACAAAAAACUGCGGCGGUAUCACUUCUUUUUAUCGGGGGCGAAGAGGAGUGGUCGUACCAUCGUGAUCUAAAUAUCGUUCGGGAUAUCAGUUGGAGCGCGUAAGAGGUUUCCCUUACUUUUUUGCCCCUUUUGCGAAUUUUUCGCUUUUCGUCGUCUGCUAAUUUCUUGGUCUCGUUGCGGGCUUUGACGCACGUAUAAUGUUCUUUUUUUCUCUUUUUUUUCUCUCUCGAAGUUAUAUUGAUAUUCGCCUAGCCAACGAGACUCGCUAACGUGUAGGGUACACCGAGGAUAAUUGAUACCCUUAGUUCGUGCCACGUAGACGUAUUAAACAAAAAAAAAGCAAAAUGUUAGUGUCUUUAUGCCCGUCGGUACGGUGCACCCGGCACGGUGGAACUUUUGAUUUCGAAUUCCACGAAGAAGCUCUCGGACGCGGCUCUCGGCGAAUCUCGAUCGAAAGUUCCGUCGUUUCGGGAUGAAAGGUGAGGGAUGUCUGAAAUAAUCGAAAUUCAUAUACACGCGCGCACGCGCACACGCAUACACAAAAGCUAAUAGAGACAAGUCGAAGGGAAGAGAGUCUGUUUCAUGCGAGUUUGUCAAUGAACUCAUCGAAACGAGACAGCAGGAGACUAAUUAAUUGAUUUGGUAAGAACGAUUGCAUUGUUACCGAAGGUUUCGUGCGGUGGAACUUUUGAUUGGAAAUCCUCCAAUUUUUACUAGCUUUGUAAUAGAUUUCUAUUUUAUUAUUUCGAACGAGGAAAUAAUAUUGCAAACUGUUAGCAAGAGCGCGUGAAGCAAUUAUAAAUAAAACUUUUAAUUUAAUUAAUGAAAAACAGGUCAUCCUUGGAUUUUAAUUUUAAGUUCCGCCAGUACGGAGGUAGAUUACGCUGUGUUGUAUACAGUGGAUAUAAUUAAUGGUGGUAACGUAAAGUAGUAAUUAGUAUUAAUAUUUUAGUUAUUAAUUAGUAUUAAUGGAAAGUAUUAAUAAAAUAGAAAUAAAAUCAAUCAAACGAUCAAGAAAAGAAAUAAUAAUGAUAGUUAUUACCUUUCAUUAUCGAAAGGCUAAUACAAAACUAUUGAAUGAAAGCAAUCGAUAUGUUUCGUUGUGUGUUCUUUUUUCUUUCGUAUACUUAGAGGAAAAACUGAAUUUUAGUCGAAUUGCUCAAAUUUUUCGGAAAGUGAAAGAACAUUGGAAAGCGAAAAUAACAAAUUCGGCAGUUACCGCCAUUAACGUUAAUAAAUGUACAUAGUUACAAGAUUCGAAGCAAAUAAGAGUGGAAGAUAACAAAAUUUCGUUGGAUUUCGAUUUGUCGAGAAACAGCGCGCUGUUUGCACGGGAAAGUUUAAUCAGCCUAGUGAUAAUCGUACAACACCGUAUGGAAUAUCUAUUUAUGAUUAUAUUGUACCGCAUGAUAAUAUCUAGUGCUAGUCCACGCAAUCGUAUAGUCGAUAGGUUGUAUCCUAUAGUCUGGAGAUCAGAGGAAUUGUGUUCUAUUUCGAUAGUACUUCAUUUUCUUUGCUACUUAAUAUUCUAUCUAUUUAUAUUCUCCUAUGUGAUGAUUUUACCAUUUUGCGAGGAGUUUAUUUUUCUUCCUCUCUUUUUUCAUCUCGCUGAGAUGAUUUUUGUAUUUCAACCGAUACUUGAUCGUAUCGAUAUUUCCUUUGCUUUGUAAAUUGCAAUUUUACAUUUGAUAUUCCUAUUUUUGUAUUUUUCUUUAUAGCAAACAACGAUAAUGGUAUGUACUUAAUGUAAACGAAAUCGAAUGUCCGUCAUCUGAUCUCCAUUCUUCAUGGCUUAAAUUUAGAAGCAAAGCUGGUUGUUCCGAGAGCUUGUUCGUUUUUCGAAGGACAGCGUUUGCGCGGUGGUCGUCGCCCUUGGCAUCUGGGAUUCUUGGCGGUUUAUGAUACUUAUUCGAAUUACGACGGGGCGGGCUUACGUCGUGAAUUUAAUCUUAAUCAAACAACGAGGAACAUUAUCCCUCGUUUUAAUUGUUUGCAAACGCUUAUACAUUCACUACCAAAGUUAUACUGCCAUUAUAUGAUCUGUUAUCUAUUAUAUACAAAUUUUUAGAUUCCGUUGCAUUUUACAUUGUUUUACCUGUGUGUUGUAUACUGCGUAAAACGAUUAAGCUAUAGUUAACCGAUUCUCAUACCGAUGAUAUUUCUUUGGGAUUGGCGAAAUGGCAAUCCUACUUUAACUGGAAAUUAUCGAUUUAUAUGAAAAUAAUCGACCUUGAUAGCAUAAGCGAUCGGUGCUACAGAGUUAAAAGAAAAUUCUCUUCAUUAAAUUCUCGAUGAAAGCGUAGAAAAGGAUCGAUCGCUCUUGAUUAUAUGGACGAAAAGAUAGUACAAAGGCUAUAGAUGAAGCGAUCUGAAUGGGCGGCGACUUCGAAUGUGAGCGCUGCCAAAACAAGAUCAAUAAUUUUAUUGCUAUUUAUUAAUCGACGUAACGUGCGAUUAUUAAUUACCAUUAGUAUUAUUAUUAUUAUUAUAAUUAUUGUCGUCAUUAAUAUUAAUUAUUAUUAUUCUCAUCAUUAUCAUUAUCAUUAUUAUUAUUAUUAUUAUUACUAUUACCAUUAUUACUAUUAUCGUUCAUUUUUGAGUCCUCGCCCGGAGCCAUAUUGAGAUAUGAGAAAAAACUUAAUAUAGAUUAAUCGUCGACGACACUAUUAACUUUUAAGAAAAAAAAAAAAAAAAAAGGAAGGAAGGAUGAGGCAGACGGAAAAGAAAAUGGAAUGAAAAUGAGAACGUACUAAUGGAAAAAAGACGAAGGUACCGAUGAUAAUGAAAACGAUGAUGAAUUAUGCGUUGAUGGUAUAAAGUACUAAUAGGAAUUAUUACACUUGUAUCCAGUGCACUGAUCGAGAACGAUUAUAUAUGUAUAUUCAUCAUUGUGAAUGAGCUGUUUCUAAUAAUGAACAUCUGUUGUUAAAGUAUAUAGAUUACGUUUCACGCAAGCGUGAAGAAGAAAAAAGAGAGUUGAAAGAGAGUCGGGAAAAGCUUGAUACCGAAGAAAACUACUAGCCAUGAAUCAGGUUCGGUGGGAUUAUUAGUAAUCAUGCUUAAAGUUUCUUAGCUUGCCGUAACCGAACGCCCGUUUCUCGAAACCAAAUGGUGGAAUUUCAACGAGAACAAUCCUGCACUAUCCUGCAAGCUAUGUUUAUUCUCCAGAUUCUAUUUGGAACAUGUUUCCUGUGUGAUAAUCGUUAACACAAUUAGCGCUUUAAGUAUGUGACGAAUUAUGUACGUGAGACGUAUGCGUAUGAGAGUAGAUGAAAAUUUUGAUGAAAAGAAAAAAGUGGCGGAAUUUUAAGCUUUAAGAUACAUUUAAAGAUAUAUGGAGUAUAUAUUAUAAAAUUAUAUAUACAUUUAAAGUAACGAUAAUUAUAUAAUAUACAUAUACAUUAUAAAUACACAUAAGGUUAAUAUUACUAAAGAUGAUUUUAACGUAAUUCCUGAGUAGCCGGUAACAUUAGUAAAAAUUCGACAGAACUCGCGAUAUUGUAUGAAAUGUGAACGCUAAGGAAAACAGAGGAACGGUAACAAAAUAAUAUUCUAAUUAAGACGAUUAAUCUGAAUAAGUCAAAUUAAUUCUAAGUGUGAUUCGUAUAUUAUAACGCAUAUAUGCAUGCAUACCGAUUAUAAUACUAUUCGUUAAAUUAUCUGAUGAUAUGUGUAUGUAUCUAUAAGACAUUUGAAGUUUCAUCUAUGUUAUAUACAUGCGUUGGGAACCGCUCAGUUAGGCACGAGAUUAAUUGAAAUCGAUGCAUAUAAAAGGGUGUAUUACAUGAGAAAAAUUGAGAGGAAUACCGAUAUAGAAUUACAUUAAGAUUUCGUCGAGAAGUCGAUAAAAAAACGAACGAAUAUGUGUGAUAUAUGAGAUAUAUGAUCACAAAACAUGACAUCAAAUUUCUGUGUCGGGACACCGUGUCGUUGGUUCUUAAUGUUAGAUUUAUCUUCACGUUCCCCACUUCCCUCUGAUUCUGACUCAACGAUUACCAAUUGCUUUGUAAAAUCGACUCGAAUUUUUCUAUUAUUAGCGCUAACGCUUAAUUAAAAUAGUUAAAUAUCGAGGUUCAAGCAUUUGCAACGUUGAACGACUGCGGAGCCAAGAAAACUCUACUUCUGCUUUGAUCUUGCUGAAAUAAAUUUCAGCCGUUAAAACAAGAUAUCGCGACUUGAUGUCUCGGGAAAGGAAAUUAGCGUGAACACGUUAAUAUUCUUUAGUAGUUAAUAUAAUACGAUUACCCAUGACUGCAUCUACUUUUCACAUCUUUGCAACUUUUUAUGUAUAGGGAAGAGGUUCGUCAACAAAAGUUAGCCGAACGUGAUAUUACGACAUCAAAAAAGAAAAUAGUUACCAAAAAUACUGUAUCGAUCAAUAAGAUUUUACCGUAGACUACGAAGACUCGAACUUAGUAUAGUGCGAAAUCAUUAUAAAUUUUGUCGUUCUGGAAUAUUGCUUUGGGUCUUCGUACACCUACAUUUGUUGUUGUCGAUUAAGAAAAAUUAUGUAUUUAGACCCAUUAUGACGACAUUGAUUAUUAGAUGUUUAAGAAUAUUACCGUUGAUAUUAAUAUGAUCUGCGCCAAUAUAUAGUUGUCAAGAGACCUGUCAGUAUCAUAGAACGAGAUGAAACGAGUAUGUUGAACGAUCGUUUUAACUCGGAUGGUUUAUAAUCCACAAAGCUAUGAACCCUUGAAAUAUUGGUAUUUACUAUAGACUGCAAUUUGUUUUUGCUAUCGAUCUGAAAAUAAUCGAUGAUCGCACUCAAAAGGAAUAUAGUAACAAAUUUAAGAUUACUUUGAUUCUUUUGUUGACUUUGUGUUGUAAAUGAAAAAGAAGAAAAUUUAAUUCAAACUUCAGAAAGCUUUAAAGCGAUCAGAACAAUCGCAAACAACAGUGGCUGCUAAUGACAAUUAUCGAGAGAAAGAUUAAUACCCGGAUUACUAUGAAAAAGUUCCAAAGUUUCAAACAAUAUGUAUUCUAAGAAAUCUGUCUUUCGAGAACUUUUCAUGUGUACGAACUUUCUAUCCCAUAUCGUUGUGAUAUUACCUUUGAUUUCGAAACUAGCGCUUCAAUCGCGGCGACAAGAUCUUUAAGCAUGAAUAUUUAAUAAUAAUUUAAGACGAGAUGGCAUGGCUGUUGAUAUCAUUAUGCUUGAAAUGUGUUAUGAAAAAUAAACAGAAUGUAUAAAA